CUUCCAGCCCCCGGAAGAGAGGCGGGGAACGAGGGUUCAGUCAGAUCCACCGCUAUCCUUCUUUGUGAGAUCAAAAGACUCAUGUCCCACUGGCUCAUGUUUGAGACUGACUGUCACACUGUCGUACCAUGAGUGCCUGGUAAGAGACGGUAAGUGCAGAGGAAGGGGCACUCUCUGUGUGUGUACUCUUGUCUUCAGGGAUUUUGAAGAUGCCUUUGCGCUGGCCGCAGCGUCCGCGCCCCUCUCCUCAUCGUCAUCGUCCGCGGAACUACGCCGGCCACAGGUACACAUAUGAGAUGAAUUAUCCGUGUCCAUUUGUGUCUGACAGUGUUUCAUUCACUCUUUUCGAUUGUAAGGAGACACCAGGAUUGGUGCCAUUAUCCUGUCGGGUGUCUCGUCGCUAACAAGAGGGCACUCGGGUGUGGAUGGUGACGGAUAAAAGGCCACAGGGUGAGCAGAAGUGGGUGACGGCCGAGGUGUAUCGCACUGAGGAGACCGAUGGCGGGGUGAGUGCACAUCAAAGAGGUCGGCGGCUGUGAGGAGUUCCAUGUAUUGGUGCCGCACGAGCCGGAGACAUCACCGCAUACCCAACAACAGGUACACGUCGGUGCAUCCAGUGCUAUACCUUGCGUCUUUCUUGUGUGUGUGUGUGUGUGUGUGUGUGUUCAGGGUUCUUCCACCGGCGGGCCGCGUGCUGAUCAUGGUGGUAGCUCUCGUGAUCUUCUACAGAAGAUUCAGCUGGUGAGCCGGGAAAAGAUCUCCGCAUAUGCAGCAGAAGUGAUGUUGCCGGGCUUGUGUCUUGUUUGCAGAUUGCUUCUCAGAUUGCCUUUGACGCGGAGAGGGCCCAGCACAUGAUAGCCCCAAAUACCAACAACAAUACAUCGGUCCGCACAGACAUCAUGCAGUCAAGGUGGAGCACUGAUUAUUCAUCUCUCUGUCGUGGCAGGAUCCUCAAUUUCUGGCCGGCAACCUGUCUACCAUUCUGGGCACUCUCACUGACGCCCACUCGGCCCUCAGCAACCACUACAAGAACAUACACAUAAGGAUUUCGGGACGCCACGCAGUGGCUUCUACAUCUCUACAUCUCUCAUGACGCUCAGGUGCCUCCUGGUGUCGGCUGCAAGCAUAAACACGUGGCCACCUCCGCGCCGGCUGCUGCUGCUGCUGGUGCUGCUGGUGCUGGUGCUGAUGCUGGUGCAGGUAGAGGAGGUAUCAUGAACCGAGACACACACGUGCACGCUAAAAAAUUGCGGACAUCUUGGUGGCCAUGUUGUGUUGUGUGCUCCGUUUAGGUGCUUCGCGUGUCUUCAGGUCGUUCGAUGUGCCUGGUGCUGAAACGUCCACGCUUCAGCAUUACCGGCAGACGGUAUACAGCCGGGCAAGACACGAACCGGCCCUCUAUUGGUUUCCUUUGCGCUUCAGGCCCGCAAGCAGUCUCCUGUGUUUAGUGUGCCGAAGGAGGUCGAAGAGGAGGUCCUGUUUCCCCUACUUUGGGGCGGUUUGGCCAUCAGCCUCGCCAGCCUCCGCAGCAGCUGCCGCCUCGGUCGACAGCGGGUCUCAGCAGACUCACUCAGAUUCCAAAUUGACGCGCAGUUGACCACCAAGUACAUUGACCACAUCAUUAUCUAUGAUCUCAACUCGGUCAGCCUCCUGCUGCGGCUCCUCUACAUCAUUGAAAACAGCGGCGAGUGGGUGGGGUGGGAACCAAUCAUGAGGGUGGCGAUGCAUCAGGGGCGGGGGCCGGGGCGGUUGCCCAUAGAGCUGGGCAGUGCUGCUAUGGAGGGUGUCGACAGUCGACAGGUCUUCGACGGGCGGUGCGAGGCGCUUCGUCAGCUCUCACUCAUCUGCCGCCACCUCAACAGCCCUGGCCGCCGCAACGACAUGAGGCUGCAGCGAGUCAACAACGAGGAGCGGCUGGGCAGAUGUCCGUUGUACAUCAACACGCUGCAGUCCCUGCCUCCGAACUGUCCCUUCCGCGAUGAAUUCGACCAGAACAACCCCGUGUGUGAGCAUCCCGGUGAGGAGUGGAGGGUGACAGAGGGAGAGCUGUGGGCGCUGUGUCCUUUGCAGAUGACUAUUGCGCUUCGAUUCAAGACGCUGUGCUGUUCGAGUAGACAGAUGGGCAGAACAGAGACACAUUCUUGUUAACACUCUGGUAUGACUUGUUUGGUCAGGAUGGAUGGACCGGUGUUCCAUGUGCCAGAAUUCCAGCCCCGCGCAAUGCCAUCGGUCAGAGACAGAGAGACCGACACACAUAGAUACACACAUACAGACGGACGGACGGACGGACAGACAGACAGCCAUGUUCCUUCAGAUCAUGGACCUCGUCAAGCAGCAGCCGCCACUGUGGAACAGCUGCUACACUGUUGCCACGCGCCAAUCGCCAGAAGGCUACCUCCGGCGCGUCGUUAUUGUAUUGACAGGGGAUCAGCCUCAGGACACAUUCGAGGUCCACCUGUAUAUCAACAGCAAGUUCCCCCCCCUGGGCCUGUCGGCUGCUCGCACAAAGUUGUGCACGACGGAGCGCCCCGUGACUGGCAAGCAGGGUGCGGCGGCGUUCCCGCUGACAGUGAGGGUGGUGCGCGAAGUGAUGGGGGCCGACGCGGAGGGGGCGUUCGACCAUCAGCCGGCUUUGUAGACAACUCGUGGCCACCUGCAACCGUGGCCGUGGACAAAUUGACUCGCCUCUGUCUGUUUGCCCUAGUAAUACCACCGAUGGCAGGCAGCCAUACGCGGAAGACCGGCGGACAUAUGUGUGUUGUCAUAGCAUGUUGCGACCUCGAAUGUGGAGACAGUAAUGGAGCACGAAAACAGUCAUCCUCAACAUGCGGAUGUGUGUCUCGCGUGCGAGACACCCUCAGAGAGAGAGAGAGAGUCUCAGAGAGAGAGAGAGAGAGAGAGAGAGAGAAUGCGAUCUGAUCAACGGCCGGCAUCCGACCGACACACACACACAGAGCGUGUAUGGAGGUAUGGUCGUUCCACUCGUUCGUCUCGACGGUCUCGCUGUCUGUAUAUGCAUUUGCUCGCGGCGAUGGUGGGUGUAGCAUUGUCUGUCUCGGGAUGUCUGCAGCAUCAAAUCAUCUCAAAUCAUGCGUCGAGCCGAGCUUGAUCAUGAAUGAGCAUUUUUGUUUCAUGAUUGGUCACGUAUGUCUUGUCGCCAUACAGAGCAGGAAAUCAGGAC